AUGAGUAAACAAAUUACCUUGAAUGAAACAAGAGACAAACUGCGAGAAACCAAUCAGAAGAUUGUUGAGCUGGAAACUGGUAUAGUCAUCUUAAAAGAAGAUAUGAUUCAAGAAAGAGCUGAUGCUAGACAAGAAAAGAAGCGUUUAAAACAAGCUGUGCAUGAUACUACCAAGAAGACAAAAAAACAAAAAGAAGCCAACAUUGGUAAAAAGAAAGAAUUAGAUACUUUGAAAGAAGAAGUAACAGAGUCAGAAGGAAAACUCCAUGCCAUAAGAAAGAGUAUCAGAAGACUGGAAACAACACGUAACAGGCUUGAACAACAAGAAAAACAACUUGAAGUACAGCUUGAUUUAGAACAUACUGAAAAUGAGGAAUUAAGACAGAAAGGAAAUAAAAUAAGGACAGAAAGAGAAGAGUUGGAGAAAAGAUAUGCAGAUAAAAAGACCAAGUUAAAUCAGAGAAUGGAAAUGCUGACAAAGGAAACAAUACAAGCUGAUAAAGAUUAUGAGAGACUAUUUGAAAGACAACAGGGAUUGAGAAUAGAUAUUAAGGAGGCGGUGGAGGCACGUAAUUAUGAUUCCUCCAAGGUCAAGGAACUCAAUGACAUGUAAGUCCAAGACUUUAAGUCACCCCUACAUUUGUGUCAAUUCAUAUAACAUUAAUCAUUUUCCAUUUAUUCCAUUUUACAGUGUGUCAUCAAGUACACCAUGCUAACUAACCCGAG